AUGAAUGAUCUGUCGAUGGCGCACCUUCCGCGACUUACCGAGAAUGAUCAGUUGUUUGACGAGCUGCUCGAUAACAUCGUCUACGUCGGCAACCUGCCGAAGGAGACGAUGCUGACCGAUUUGAUCGAGCUGUUUAAGUUUGCCGGUCGUAUCGAGCGCGUAGCCUGGUACGGCGAGCACCGAACCGACAUCAACACGAAGGUGGCGUUCAUCCGGUUUCGAAGUGCGCGCCACGCCACGGAAGCGGCCAAAUGGGACCGGGUGCGCUACAAAGACUCGAUACUGAUUGUGAUGCAGAUUUUCAAGGACCAAUGGUUCGAUAUGAGCGUAUCGAUCAUUGUGCGAAACAUUCGGGAUGACACUAGCGACUGGCAGCUGUAUGAAGCGUUCCGGAGGUUUGGCAAAAUCUAUGGCGUACUGAUACCGACGCACGGCACUGCUUACGUGGGGCUCUACUACGAAGAGGAAACACAGCGUGCACUCGAGAUGGAUAACAACAUGUUUAACGGGAACCGGAUGCGCGUAGCUAUGCUACGGCGCAAUCUGCCCCUGCAACAGAUCGACAUCUUCGACGUGACGCGUAACGAGGUCCGCCUAUUGCGUGAUAUGCUGCUCGAGGUGGACGAAAAGCUGGAACAGUACUACUCCGCUUACGACGAGGCGUUCAACUAUUCGUCCAAAGACUAUCGCCGCUGGAGGCGGAAGCGACGUCGCGCGACCCCCCUAAUGAGCGAAUCGAGCGACUCAUCGUCGGAGAGCAGCGUCUCCUCGGUGUCGGCGGUCUCGAACCGCAGCACCGCGGACGCCCGGCGCGCCCAGUCCAGUUCGAACGAGGAAAAUCGCUGCCUGGGCAUCUUCGGCAUGAGUCCGGAAACGACGGAGAAUACGUUGAUGAAGUUGUUCUCGCGCUACGGUCAGGUGAAGGACAUCAAGCUCAUCUACGACGGCAAGACGAAUGUGUCGCGCGGCUACUCGUUCAUCUACUUCAAGCACGCGGGCGAUGCCAAACGUGCCCAGCGCAAGCUCAACGGUACCAUGCUGGACGGGCGCAAGGUACGCGUGGACUUUAGCCGCAGUAAACCGCACGAGGCUCGGGCGGACCGUCGGAAACGAUCACCUCCUCCGGUCGCAUCGACCAGUGCCGAUCACGAUCGCUGUUGCCAUCACCGUGACCGCAAGAACCGCAAAAAGCGACGCCUCUGCUACUCCUCGUCGGAUUCGGAGUAG